ACAAACCCAAAAACCUGUAUUUCCCUUCUCGACCCUCACCGCUCUCCCUCUUCUGCCCCUCAAUCUCCCUUCCUUCCAUUGCCCUUUCUUUCUUCUUCCCGAUUUUCUCCCGGAUUUACCCGCCAAAAUAAGAUUCUGUAUUUUUCAAAUUCUCCCGGAUUCCUCACUCCCCUUCUCCCUCACCCCUUCCUUUCUCCGCCCUGCAACGCUCGUAAUACAAAACCCUAGUUCCGUGAUUCCGUCGUGUCGCUGCGGAAUCUGCACUUUCUCGUUGUUUUGGUUGAUACCCAGUUGCGGUUUUUUGGAGGUUCUUGGCUUCUGUGGACUGUGUUUUGUUGUGUCGGGCUUUUGGAUUUGGGGUUUGACUUUUGAGCUAGGGGUUUCCGAUUCCUUUAUCUAAUUGGGUUUGUUGUUCCAGGUAUGCAUUGAUAAGGGUAGAAAAUCAGUUGAUAGAUUGGCUGUUUAUUCUGUUGCUGAGACAUUUUGAUUCUUCAAUCAAUGGCUAAUAAUGAUUUGAUACUUGGACAAAGCCACAAUUUAGCUCUGGGGCAGAAUCAGCCAUUGGUGAUAGGCCAUAAUCAUAAUUUGGGUCUCACAGAGAGCCAUAAUUUGGAGUUAGGACAGGCUCGUGAUCAUCAUUUGGAGUUGGGACAGACCCAUGAUCAUGAACUGGGCUCAGGGCAUUCUCAUGACCAUGAGUUGCGGUUGAGACAGAGCCAAGGCCAAGAUGGGAAUGAAGGUCACAAUUAUGGGCAUGAGAAUGAGUUAACCAUUGAUCGAAAACCUGAACAUGGUGACCACGAGUUAACCCUAUCAGAGAACAAUGAGUUGGCUGUUUCUGAAAAUCAAGAGCUUGAUGAGAAUCUGGAACUAGCUAUGGAUCAAAAUCACGAAAUGGGAUUGGAACCUGGAGAUUUGGCCAUUCAGGAGUCCCAGAUGAUUGUUGAUUCUCCUCCUGUCCUUCAGGCCCGUGCUAUUGCUUCAAGUCCUAGUUAUCAGUUAGCAGUGGGGCAAGAAUUCCCUGAUGUCAAGAGCUGCCGCAGGGCACUAAGGGACACGGCUAUUGCCCUUCACUUUGAAAUGCAGACGAUAAAAUCUGACAAGACUCGUUUUACUGCCAAAUGUGCAAGUGAGGGAUGUCCUUGGCGUAUACAUGCAGCAAAGCUCCCUGGUGUUCCAACUUUUACAAUCAGGACCAUCCAUGAGUCGCACUCAUGUGGAGGAAUUUCUCAUCUUGGUCAUCAGCAAGCCUCAGUUCAGUGGGUUGCAAAUUCUGUGGAGCAACGAUUAAGGGAAAACCCCAAUUACAAGCCAAAGGAGAUACUAGAAGAGAUUCACCGGGUUCAUGGCAUCACUUUAUCUUACAAGCAAGCUUGGCGUGGCAAGGAGCGAAUUAUGGCUGCUAUGCGUGGAUCCUUUGAGGAAGGUUAUCGGUUGCUUCCACAAUAUUGUGAACAGGUUAAGCGCACUAAUCCAGGGAGUAUUGCGUCUGUUUAUGGAAACCAAAAUGAUAAUUGCUUCCAGCGUCUCUUCAUUUCAUUUCAAGCAUCAAUCUAUGGUUUCCUGAAUGCCUGUCGGCCCCUCCUUGGUUUUGAUAGGACGUUUUUGAAAAGCAAAUAUCUUGGUACUUUGCUUCUUGCCACUGGUUUUGACGGUGAUGGUGCUUUAUUUCCUUUGGCAUUUGGUGUUGUUGAUGAGGAGAAUGAUGAGAACUGGAUGUGGUUUCUCUCUGAACUUCAUAACCUUCUUGAAAUUAACACAGAAAACAUGCCCAAGCUUACAAUUUUGUCAGAUAGGCAGAAGGGUAUUGUAGAUGGUGUAGAAGCAAACUUCCCUACUGCUUUUCAUGGAUUUUGCAUGCGUCACUUGAGUGAAAGCUUUCGUAAGGAGUUUAACAACACAAUGCUUGUCAACCUUCUAUGGGAGGCUGCUCAUGCUCUGACUGUAAUUGAAUUUGAAGCUAAAAUUCUUGAGAUUGAAGAGAUAUCACAAGAUGCUGCGUAUUGGAUCCGACGGAUUCCCCCUCGUUUGUGGGCAACAGCUUAUUUUGAAGGAACAAGGUUUGGGCAUCUAACAGCAAAUAUUGUUGAAUCAUUAAAUUCUUGGAUUUUAGAAGCUUCUGGGCUUCCAAUAAUCCAGAUGAUGGAGUGCAUUAGGAGGCAGCUGAUGACUUGGUUCAAUGAACGCCGAGAGACCAGCAUGCAGUGGACAUCCAUUCUCGUUCCUUCUGCUGAGAGGCGUGUGGCUGAAGCUCUUGAACGUGCACGUACCUAUCAAGUGCUUCGUGCUAAUGAGGCUGAAUUUGAGGUUAUAUCACAUGAAGGGACGAAUAUUGUGGACAUCCGCAAUCGUUGUUGUCUCUGUCGGGGCUGGCAGUUGUAUGGUUUGCCCUGUGCACAUGCUGUGGCGGCCCUUCUUUCUUGCAGGCAGAAUGUCCAUCGGUUCACUGAAAGUUGUUUCACGGUAGCAACCUAUAGAAAAACUUAUUCUCAAACCAUUCAUCCAAUUCCAGACAAAAGUCUAUGGAAAGAGCUAUCCGAGGGAGAUCCUAAUGCCAGCAAAGCUGUUGAGAUUGUUAUCAACCCACCGAAGUCACUUCGGCCACCAGGUCGACCUAGAAAGAAGCGAGUUCGGGCAGAAGAUCGUGGUCGUGUAAAAAGGGUUGUGCAUUGUAGCCGUUGCAAUCAGACUGGCCAUUUUAGAACAACUUGUGCUGCACCUAUUUGAGUCCUGACUAUUAAAGGCUGAAUGCUGCUCAAAAAGUGGGUAUGUCCCUUCUGUGUAAAGGGGUUCUUGUUUUAUUUUACUUCCUGUAGUAUUAAUUAGUUAUUACUUUAGAUUUUUAAGUAAAUGUUUUAAUUAGUUUUAUGUGGCAUUUUGUAUAUUAGGCUCAUUGUCAUUUGCCGGCUUCCCACUUGGCCUAUAUGAUUACUCAACUUGAUAAUACUAUUUAUGGGUUGUUGAGUCCAUUAUUAAUAAUGCCUUGGAUUCAUG